AUGGGAACCACCACACUGAUCUUCCACUCCACAGGCACUGUCCCAGACUUCCACGCUACAUUGAAGAGGUGUGUUAGCCAAGAAAGCCCAACAAUGUCCAGAGCCUUUAGCAUCUCGGGGCGAAUCUCAUUCACACCUGGCGCCUUGCCACUGAGGAGCUUUUCAACUGCCUCGGUGACCUCUGCCAAGGUUAGUGACACUGCAAAUAAUAAUGAUCAUUUUGCUGCUUUCCUCCCCAGGCAACUUCAUACUCCUACCAACUUCCUCCUCCUCUCUCUGGCUAUCUCAGAUUUCUUUGUGGGCCUCGUCAUGAUAUUUCAAAUUAUGCUCAUCGAUGGCUGCUGGUUGCUUGGUGACCUCAUAUGUACUCUGUAUCAGUAUAUAGCAUAUAUUGUUACUUCUUCCUCAGUUGGAACCAUGGUACUCAUAUCUAUUGAUCGCUAUGUGGCUAUUUGUCAUCCUCUUCAUUACCCCAGGAAAGUCACUCUAAAAAGAGUUCAAGUCUGUGUCUGUCUGUGUUGGAUCUGUUCUGUGAUCUUUCAGAGUCUGGUUUUGAAGGAUGUCCUGGAACAGCAAGGCAGGUAUCAUUCCUGUGUUGGAGAGUGUGUAAUAUUUGUCAACUACAUUGCAGGAAUUGCAGAUCUUAUUUUAACAUUUAUUCUUUCCAUCACUGUUAUUGUUGUUUUGUACUUGAGAGUAUUUGUGGUGGCUGUGUCUCAGGCUCGGGCAAUACGCUCUCAUGUUGAAGCUGUCACACUGCAGCAUUCAUUGAAAAUUACUGCGCUAAAAUCUGAGCUAAAAGCAGCCAGGACUCUUGGUAUUGUCGUGAUUGUCUUUCUGAUAUGUCUCUGCCCAUAUUACUGUGUCGCUCUAACAGGCCAAGAUAACCUGCUCAAUGCAUCAUCUGCUACUUUUGUUAUAUGCUUGGUAUAUUUUAACUCCUGUCUUAACCCUGUGAUCUAUGCCUUUUUUUACCCUUGGUUUAGAAAAUCAAUAAGACUCAUUGUCACACUGAAGAUGCUGCAGCCUAACUCAUGUAAUGCUCAAGUCCUGUAGAGGACAAUAAGUCAAGUAAAUCUAACUUCGAAUUUUAGAUACCAAACAUUUAUUUUCUGCAUUGUGCUUCAAUUUAAUUCAUCAAUGUGUGUCCUCUUCGCACUGUGAUAUAAUAUGAAUCCAGUCUUGUGUUCUGUGUUGCUUAUUUUGACUUUUUUUGUGUGUGGAUUUAUACACAUGCAGACUUGAAUAGUUAUUGUGUUUCUGCUUUACUUUAGCCCUCCAUACUUUCUCUAGCUGUAAAAAAGCAUUUUAUGUAUAUUUCAUAAGUAGUUUUGAAUGACAUUAUGGGAUUGUAAUGAGAUCAAAUAUGUGACAUAUGGUCAUGCAGUAAAGAAUUUACCUUAUUUUUGUUUUACUGGAAUCUUGAUUUUGAUAAAUAGAGGGGUUGGGACAAAACGGCCUAAUGAGAGAGAGAGAAAGAGAGCUGCUGUCCUGCUUAGAUUACUUUAUGUUUGGAAUCUCAAAUUCAAAAUGGUGAACUAAACAUGCAUAGUAUGUGGUUUUAAGGUAAUCAUGGGCCAUCGAUGUUUAAUGAUAAUGAAAAACAUU